AUGAAGCCAAACUUAUUUAUGAUUUUUAUUCUUGCGUUAUCAAGUUUUACGGAAAUUCAUACUUACACUGAAAAUACCUACAAUAUAUCCGAAAAUGGUCUGCAUUUUUCUCGAGGUAGCAACUUUGUGCUUCCGAAUGGAUCUUUUUUGUUUCGAUUUUAUCGUCCAAUUGAUAAAGAUUGUAAUGAACCCAAUUUGCAUCUAAGAAUUCUUUAUAAAAAUGGAACUUUAACAACAUUUGAAGUUGAAAAUUUUUCAAUUCCAAAUAAAAAUUUCUGUCGACGUUAUCCACAAAACCCUUCAAUAGAUCAUAUUGAAAUUUUUCCUUUUCUUAAUAAACUUCAUUUAUUAUAUAAUAAUUUUUCUGAAAGUGAUAUUACCGCCCCAAUUGGAAGGAAACUUCUUACGAUAAGCUUAGAAGGAAAAAUAUUAAGGGAUAUUUGGAUUGGUCCCCAGGAUCCUCAAUUCUCGGGAUCAUUUAGAUUUACCGAUAAUACAUUUUAUUACUUUCUACCCGUCGAUCUUGAUACUUUUUUAUGGAAAAAAUAUGACCCAAUUUUAGAUGGUACUGGAUUCAUUGAAAUUGAUAAUGGAACCGCAUCUCUAAAAUAUUUAUCAUUGCAAGCUGAGAAUCCUCCGUUAAAAUUCGCUACAAUUGAUAAAGGAAUUGGGUAUAUUUAUUCUAAAAAUUUUCCUUUACAAAAUAAUAUGACAACUGAUUCUUUACAACCAAGCAUAAUUAUUUAUGUUAGCUUUUUCAUCCCUGAGAUCAAUGAUUUUACAAAACCAUUCAUUAUUUAUCAAACAGCAAUUUCAAAUAUAACCAUGAAAAUGUCAAUGUGCAAUCCAGACAUUACGAAAUUUCAAUACACAUGUGUUAUUCGUCUCAUAACUUCAUCUUCAACCACAAAAUUAUUGUUGAUUUCAUUCCUUUCAUCUGGAUCGGUUAUUGAUAUCCAAGAAUUAUAUAAUGAAGUUUAUCUUAACGCUUUUCUUGUUGCAAAAUCUAAUUUAUAUUAUGGAGGUUAUUUCAUGUUGUAUUUUGAUGAUCCAUUAGGAUGUAAAUUUGGCGGUGAAAUUUAUGAUAAUAAUGAUCAUUGGUACUCAAAAUUGGAAAAUUUUACAAUUCCAUUUCCAUGUGUUUCCUUUAGCAAUGAUGAUGAAAACAGUUUUGAAAUGAUUUCUGAAAUUACACCAAACAGCUUUACAUUAACUACAGCACCUCUUCCAAAGUUUGUUGACGAUGGUCGUAAUUAUAAAUUGGUGAUGGCCAAUAUUGAAUCAGUUGAUCCAUCAUAUGGCUCUAAAAUUUCAUUGGGAAGAGACAAGCUCCAAAUAAAUUAUGCGAAUUCAAUUGCUCUAUCAAUAAGAAACAUUACAGUUCUUCAAAUUAAUAAUGAAAAGAAUGCGAUACGUCAAACAACAUCUGGCAAUAUUUCAGAAUUCUGUUCAGAACUUGAUCAUAAAACGGUUUCUAUAAAAUUAUUACGAAGCACAUUUAAUCAACCGAAUAAAGAGUACAUGAUAUAUAUUGAAUCUAAUUUUGUAAAACAAAGUGAAACUCAUGAACCUAUAAUUGGAAUUAAACCAUUUGUUUGGAAUCUUUAUACAGAAAAUGAAGAAAACCCAUAUGCAGAAUCAUUUUCUGGAUCAGUCUGUUUAACACCUGAAGGAACUGAUAAAUUUUUAGAUUCUAAUCAAACGGAAUUUCUUUAUCAAUUAAUUCAAGAAAUAUCUUCAAUUCUUCCCGUUGAUUUAGAUAGAUUAGAAAGUAAAGGCUCUUAUCAAAUUGAUGCUUCAACUCAAGUAAUUAUUCCUUUACAAAUCAAAUCUACAAAGGAUACUUAUAAAAGGAAUGCGGAUAGUUUGCAAAAGGACUUCGAUAUUAUGAUCAAAUAUAAAGGAUUUACUGAAAUUUCGAUGAAUAAUUAUACUUCAUUUUUGGAUCAAACUUAUGGUUAUAAGUAUAGAGUUCCUACUAGCAUCAAUUGUACUAUAGCAAUUAUAUCAAUUAUUUAUGAGAAUUUUUAUAAUAAUCAAUUUCAUGAAUGGUUUAAAUUGCAUGUAACUGUUACUUCAAUAUUCACAAUCUUAGGAGCAACAAAUAUUGAAGCAUUAAAUAUUUUAUCAUCUAAAUUUGCAGGAUUAAGUAUGUUUACAGCUAAUUAUUCUGAAAGAAUACAAAUAAUUUUAUUUUGGGUUGGAUUGUUAGAUUUUAUUAUUGAGGAUAUUCCUCAAUUUAUUAUACAG